GAUAGAAGGUAUCAAAAAUGGCCGCUAAAGUCACUGUGUACUAGAACCACCUUGGUUGCAGUAGUACCUAAGUGCAUGAGUAAAAUUGCGAAGCUGUGGAUGUGUUUGGGUGAUUUGUUUCAGUAUGGAAUCAAAUGCACCAGAUUGUACGGAGCAGUUAUUACAACAAAGGCUUGCCGUAAUGGAAGAUCUUGAGUUGGACUCGCCACAUGGGAAGCUUAGCACUGAACAAUAUUGCGAAUUUCUUGCAUUGUAUUUGUUGGCAAACGAUUUAGCAAAUGCAAAGUUACUGUGGAAAAGGAUUCCAGGCGAUAUAAAGAGUUCAAAUGAGCUAAAAGCUAUUUGGGAAGUUUUCAAAGCUGUUUGGACGCAUGACUGUAAAGGCAUUCACAAUACAAUACAAGCUUAUGAAUGGUCCGUCAAUAUAAAGAAGAUAAUGAGUGAAUUUACAUUAUCUGUGCGUGAGAGAUAUUUAAGACUUGUUGCGCAUGGAUAUACAGAAGUCAAGAUAUCUUUUUUGGCGGAACUGUUAGGUGUAGGUGAACUUGAAACAUGCAAACUUAUUGAAUCAAAAGGUUGGUCAGUAAGUGGUGCUUUUGCACGACCUGUUAAAACAAAACUUGAAGCAGAUAGUGUAUUAAACAAUGAAGAACACCUUGAAAAGUUAACACAAUAUAUUUUGUUUUUGGAGUCCUGAUAUAGUUCCAUACACUGUUCAACAGUUAUUGUUUAAGCCUACCCAAGUUGUUGCAUAUGCAAUUUAAUAAACAACUGGAUUUGGUUUUGUCAUUAUAAUCUAAGAAGUUAAGAACCAAUGUCAUACAAAAUAUUGUUAGCUCUUAGCUGUAUUUUUGCGAUUCUUUAAUAUAAAUUUAUCUACAUGUUGGUGUUUUAACCAGUUUUCUCAAAUAAAUUUUACUAUUAAACUUAUUAAAGAUUAAACGGU